AUGCUCACCGCUGAACUUUCGGCUGUGAAGCAAGCCCUCAACCUGACCGAUGUCGACUUCAUCCAGUUCCAUGCCGAUGAAAGGACAUACCUUGAAUCGCUUAAAGAGCCACCCCUCCAAGACCGCCUUCAAAUUCGCUAUGUCCAAGUCCUUGAUGAGCUAGCUGAACGACAGUCAGAUUGGAUCAGAGCUCGAGAAGUGGCCAAUCAAGCUCUGACUAAUAUCGCCAUUAGCAACCUACAUCAAAUCAAUACCGCUAUCACUCAAGCACGAAUUCGAGUCGAUACAGCUUACACUAAGCUCCAGAACGCUGAGGCCUUCACCAGCCAUAUUGAAAAUCAGCUUGCGAUAGAAGAACACUGGACGGUAGGUGGUGACAAUUAUAAGAAAUACAAGGAAGAGGCGUCGCUGCAGAAGUAUCAUGUUGCUCUUGAUGAGUUAGAGCGUCUUGUUGUGAUGCAUCUAUUUGAGUUGUCCAAACUCUCGCUUUCUGGAACAGGAUACAAGUUAAGGCAACAAAUCGGAAAAGCAUUGCAGAGACGCUCGGACGCAAUUCGGAAUGCCAUCAACAAGUAUAAUCUUCAGGCUGCUGCCCUUGAUCCCACCUGGCCACAGUUAUCGUGGAAGGAUAUAGCUGACUACAGCUUCCUCGGAGAGUUUGAUCUCCUCUGA